AAAAGAAAAAAAAAGAGCACAAGGUGAGACCUUGAGCGAUACCGAGAAAGAAGAGAGCAGAGAGAGAGAGUAAUAGCAGCGAUCGAGCUACAGAGAGAGAGAGAGAGCAAAGCUCAAAUAUAAAAUCAGCACCACCAAAAUCCAAAAAAACACACACACAAACACAAAAAAAGAAUGCACCGAAAAUUCAAAAAGCAAAAUUGAAAACAAAAGAAGAAGAGCGCGAGCGCGAGCGAGAGCGAGAGUCGAAGUUUUUGAAGAUUCGAACCACCCAGUGAGUCAGGGUUCGAUUUUUCUGCAAUUCGUGAAGUUGGUUCGAAAGGUCAGGAGCUCAAUCAAUCUCUAACCUUCUCUCAAGCUUACUUUUUUGCUCUUCAUUGCUCUCUCUCUCUCUCUCUCUGCGAAAAAUUCUCACUCUGUUUAAUUCGUCGAACUCACUGAUCUCCUUUGUUCGACUUCAAAAAGUUUGGGAUUUUGUUGUUGAAGUUUGAAGCAUUUGAAUUUCGUGAAAAGAAAACGUGGGGGGGGUUUUGGGGUUGGUACAGUGGUGCAAUUUUUUAUGGUUUGUGCAAGUUCAAUUUUUAUUUUUUUUGUUGGUGAUGUAAAAGUUUAGGGUUUUGAUUUAGUAUACGUUUCGAUAAAUUGAGCUUAAUUUUGGUGGGAUUUAGUGAAUUUUUGUGGGUUUGAUCUCUAGGGUUUUGGUUUUCGAGAAGAUGAGAUUUGGGUUUGCAUUGUAUGGUGUUUGUGGGUGGUGUGAAUUCAGGGUUGUUUGGAAAUAAGGAUACUGGUAUUCCUGUUGGGAAUUGGGGGUUUUAGUGAUUUCGUUGGAUUUGCAUUGAAUGAUAUGUGGGGGGGAAAUUUUUGGGUCGUUUGGAAACAGAAAGAAGUGUAAUUUGGGUUGAAUUGGGGUUACUGGGGGGUUUCUGAUUCUGUGGAUAGUGUAUGAAUUUGUUUCUCGAGAAAUGCAACCUCAGCAGAGCUCGAGAAUCGAUUUGGUUGACUUGAAAGCUCAGAUAGCCAAGAAGCUUGGGGUGAAUAAGUCAAAACUCUACUUUUAUCACUUGCAUAAGUUUUUGAGCAACAAAUUGGGCAAGAGUCAGUUUGAAAGUUUUUGUAUUCGGGCUUUUGGGAGGGAGAAUCUUCCACUUCACAAUCAGUUGAUAAUUUCAAUCUUGAAGAAUGCAUGCCAAGCCAAGACCCCACCAACAAUUCAUUUACCGGGUCCCCAAAAAUCUGGGAUUCAUGUUGCAAAUAGUUCUCCUGGUGGGGAAGAUGGGCAUGAAGAAAGUGGGGCCAUUUUUCCAAAUCAGAAUCAAAAUGUACCAGUUUGGUCAAAUGGGGUUUUGCCACUCUCCCCGCGGAAGGUUAGGUCUGGGUUACGUGAUCGGAAUAAGCUCAGGGAUAGACCAAGCCCACUUGGACUAAAUGGGAAGGUCGAGUGUAUCUCGCAUCAGUCCAUGGGAACAGAAGAUAGUUGUAAUAAGGUCAAUAUGGUAAAUGGUGAUUUGACUCCGUGUGAUUAUCAGAGACCAGUGCAGCAUCUUCAAGCAGUUGCUGAGCUACAUGAACAUGAAAGGGAGGGUUCUGUUCAGCGACCUGCAGAAAAGCCUAGAAUACAUGAUAAAGAUCAGACUGCAGUAACUGGUGUUGAAGAUGGGGAAGAGGUGGAGCAGUCAAAUCGCCCGAGUUUCUCUAGAAGUCCUCUACGUGCACCCCUUGGGAUUCCGUAUUGCUCAGCUAGUGUAGGUGGGGCCCGCAAAGUUAUGCCAUUGGUUAGCAGUGGUGAUUUUGUUAGCUAUUAUGAUAGUGGUGGAUUGUCUGAUACAGAGACGCUGAGAAAUCGUAUGGAGCAGAUUGCAGCAGCACAGGGCCUUGGAGGUGUCUCUACGGAAUGUGCUAACAUGGUGAAUAAUACGUUGGAUGUGUAUUUGAAGCGGUUGAUCAGGUCUUGUGUUGAUUUGGUGGGAACAAGGUCUACACAUGAGUCAAAAAAGCAACCUGCUCACAAGCAGCAGAUUCAAGGGAAAAUUAUCAAUGGCAUGUGGCCGGCUAAUCAUUCACAUAUGCAGAGCACAGCUGCACCCACGGAUGUUAUGCAGGAGCAAGGAUCCCAGUACUCGAUAUCUUUGCUUGAUUUCAAAGUUGCCAUGGAGCUGAAUCCUCAGCAGCUUGGGGAAGAUUGGCCAUUGCUGCUGGAGAAAAUUUGUAUGCAAGGAUUCGAGGAAUGAACCGUCCCUUCAAAGAUCUGCUUAUUCAAAAUGUGCUUGGGUUGGUUUGUUCUGGUACCAAAGGGGUGGACAACUGUUAUUGGAGAUAAUUGAUGCACUCAGUUCUGUUCCUACUGCCAGGGUAAACCAGAUUUCUCCCAGUUGGUUAAAGCUUUGGUCCUUGCAAAAUGAAUUAUGGGCUUGAGCAUCUUAAUGUCUGUAUUUGCCAGCUGAAGAGCCUGGACUGGUCAGGAAAUUAUUUAACUGCAACCAAACAAGGGCUACCUGCAAAAAGAAUGUCCAUGAUUGGUUGCACUGUUGUAUGUUUAGAAUUGAUAUUGGCUGUAUUUGCCAUCUCUACAGAUCUCAAGCAUUUCCUGUAAUUUACACAGCCAAUGAGGAGGAAAACUAAGAGUUUUGCAGGAUACUGUUGUGUAGCUUGGUGAAAGGUAAAAAAUUCACUUGUGUAAGAGCUGCAGUAACGCUCUGUAUGUAUUUUUAGACUGAGAAUUAAUUGGAAUUUGAAUAUCAAUAACACAUUAACUUCCAUUGUUA